ACACACUGUAUUUCUCUUUCACUUCUUCCUCCUCCUCCUCCUCCUUUGUCUCUGAAACUCCGCAUUUUCUUCAACAUAUAUACUUAAUAUAGUUUCUUCCUCUGUGCUCUCAAAAGCCAUCUGAACCAGACACACACAUCUAUAGUCAUAUUUCUAUCUUCACAUAUAUGUACGUGUGCAGUGUAAGAAUAUAUACUUGUGCUCUGUGAGUAGAGAAGAGCACGUGGAAAUUAAAGAGACCAAUUUGAUUUCAGCUUCAAUCAUGCUUUGGGGGAACAUUUCCAACAAGGUUUUAAGUGCUUCAAGUCUAACAUUAUACUCACCAUGCAUGUUGGAGCAUGUAAUGCUGCCAGUGGGAAUUGGGUUUUUAUCAAUAUGGUUGAUCCAAGUGCUAAAGGAAGGUCUGGAACUAAUCAGGAAGAAGAGAAACAAGGUCUCAGAGCAGGACAAAGAGAUUCAUCCCAAUGUACUGAAGUAUGGUUUGGCUUACAAAACCUGUAUAUUGUGCUGUGCUUUAAUGCCUGCAGUUCAUGUCUCGUUGCUUCUGGUGAUGGUCAAAGGUGAGACUCAGUGCAACUCAAAACCUGUGGCUUUUACGUCAGAGACAUUUCUGGUAUUAGCAUGGGCAAUCACAUUGAUAUCAGUGUUUAAGAUGCCAAAAUUCAAUGUUAAGUUCCCUUGGAUGCUAAGAUCAUGGUGGGUUUGCAGCUUCUUUUUGUGUAUCAUCAACUUAGUCUUUCAUAGCCAUUUUAUCAGCAAACAGAAACAGAUUGGGUUGAGGGAAUAUGCAGAUUUGGUUGGUCUGCUUGCUUCAACAGUUCUACUAGGGAUUGCAAUAAGGGGAAGAACGGGGAUUGUGUUGAUUGCUACAGACGGCAUCUCUGAGCCACUUUUGAGUGAGAAAAGUGGCAAGGAUUCAGAAUCAUCCAAAAGGGAAUCUUUAUAUGGGAAAUCCACUUUCAUUCAACUUAUUACCUUCUCAUGGCUUAAUCCCUUGUUUGCAGUAGGGUAUAAGAAAGCCCUUGAACAAAGUGACAUUCCUGAGGUUGCUAUUGAGGAUUCUGCAGAAUUUCUGUCUUCAUCCUUUGAUGAGAGCCUUAGAAAAGUCAAGGAGGCUGAUGGGACCACAAAUCCAUCUGUCUACAAGGCAAUUUAUCUAUUUGCUAGUAAGAAGACUCUGAUCAAUGCAUGCUUUGCAGUAGCAAGUGCUGCAGCAUCAUAUGUUGGCCCAUACCUGAUCACUGACUUCGUGAGUUUCCUAGCAGAGAAGGGAAGCCGUGGGUUGAAUGAAGGAUUCUUGUUGUCAUUUGGAUUCUUAUGCGCCAAGAUGAUUGAGACAAUAACUCAGAGGCAAUGGAUUUUCGGUGCUCGCCAAGCAGGUCUUCGCCUUAGAGUGGCAUUGAUAUCACACAUAUACAAGAAGGGCUUAAAUCUGUCCAGCAGAUCGCGCCAGAGUCACAGCGGUGGUGAGAUUAUGAACUAUAUGAGUGUAGAUGUGCAGAGAAUAACAGAUUUCAUGUAUUACAUCAAUGUCAUAUGGAUGCUUCCCGUGCAAAUUACCUUGGCAGUCUAUAUUUUGCACAUGAAUCUUGGUUUGGGUUCAUUGGCUGCACUAGCUGCUACUCUGACGGUUAUGGGCUUCAACAUACCUCUUACAAGAAUACAGAAAAGAUACCAAGCUAAGAUCAUGGAGGCUAAGGAUAGUAGGAUGAAAGCCACAUCAGAAGUCCUUAGAAACAUAAAGACUUUGAAACUUCAAGCUUGGGAUACUGAAUUUCAGCACAGGUUAGAAGAACUGAGGGAAACAGAAUCCAUCUGGUUAUGGAAGUCAUUAAGACAAGGAGCAUACUCUGCUUUUAUCUUCUGGGGAUCACCCACAUUUAUUUCUUUGGUAACCUUCUGGGUUUGUAUCUUGAUGGGGAUUGAACUAACAGCUGGGAGAGUUUUAUCUGCAUUCGCCACAUUUCGGAUGUUACAGGAUCCUAUAUUUAACUUACCAGAUUUACUCAAUGUCAUUGCUCAAGGGAAAGUUUCAGUGGAUAGAAUUGCUUCUUAUCUUAGGGAAGAAGAAGUUCAACAUGACGCCAUUGAGUAUGUGCCAGGGGACCAAACAGAGUUUGAUAUAGUUAUUGAAAAUGGAAGAUUCAGCUGGGAUUCUGAGACAAGCAAUCCAACCCUUGAUGGAAUAGAUUUAAGAGUCAAAAGAGGAAUGAAGGUGGCAAUUUGUGGGACUGUAGGUUCUGGAAAGUCUAGUCUGCUUUCUGGCAUUUUGGGUGAAUUGUAUAAGCAGUCUGGGACUGUGAAGAUCAGUGGAACAAAAGCUUAUGUUCCACAAUCACCAUGGAUAUUGACUGGAAAUUUUAGGGACAAUAUUACCUUCGGAAAGGAAUUCAAUAGUGUCAAGUAUGAGAAGACUAUUGAAGCAUGUGCAUUGAUAAAGGACUAUGAGCUAUUCUCCUGCGGAGACCUCACACAGAUUGGAGAAAGAGGGAUCAAUAUGAGCGGAGGACAGAAGCAAAGGAUUCAAAUUGCUCGUUCAGUUUAUCAAGAUGCUGAUAUAUAUCUUUUUGAUGACCCUUUUAGUGCUGUUGAUGCUCAUACUGGAAGCCACCUCUUUAAAGAGUGCCUUAUGGGGGUUCUCAGAGAAAAAACUAUACUUUAUGUUACCCACCAAGUUGAAUUUCUUCCAGCAGCAGACCUUAUUCUGGUGAUGCAGAAUGGAAGGAUUGCACAAUCUGGAACCUUUGAAGAACUUCUAAAGCAAAAUAUUGGAUUUGAAGUUUUAGUUGGAGCUCAUAGCCAAGCUCUAGAGUCAAUUCUCACGGUUGAGAAUUCAAGCAGAGCAUCCCAAAACCCCACACCUGAAGUUGAACCUAACAUCAAUUCUCAGUCAAAUGCAGAACUUGCUCAAAUUCAACAUAACACAGAGCAAGGAAGUCCCCCAGAGAUCAAAGAAAAGGAAGGACAACUUAUUCAAGAUGAAGAAAGAGAAAGAGGAAGCAUUUCAAGAGAAGUUUACUGGACCUACUUGACCACUGUCAAAGGAGGUGCCCUUGUUCCAUUCAUUCUUUUGGCUCAAUCUUCAUUCCAAGUACUUCAGGUUGCCAGUAACUAUUGGAUGGCUUGGGUUUGCCCUACAUCAAGUGAUGCUAAGCCUACAUUUGACAUGGAUUUCAUACUACUUGUUUAUAUGGCACUUUCAGUUGGUAGUUCAUUUUGUGUGCUCAUAAGAGCCAUACUAGUGGCAAAAGCUGGACUUUGGACUGCACAGAAACUAUUCAUCAACAUGUUGCAUAGUGUAGUUCGAGCACCAAUGUCAUUUUUUGAUUCAACUCCAAAUGGCAGAAUUUUGAACAGGACUUCCACAGAUCAAAGUGUGCUAGACUUGGAAAUGGCGACCAAAUUGGGAUGGUGUGCUUUCUCAAUAAUACAGAUUCUGGGUACAAUUGCAGUAAUGUCACAGGUGGCAUGGCAAGUGUUUGUCAUCUUUAUUCCAGUAACCGCAGUCUGCAUAUGGUAUCAAAGAUACUAUACACCAACAGCAAGAGAGCUGGCUCGCUUAUCACAAAUACAAAUAGCUCCAAUUCUGCAUCAUUUUGCAGAAUCCUUAGCAGGAGCGGCAUCAAUUCGAGCUUUCGAUCAGGAAGGCCGUUUUGUAUAUUCAAAUCUUGAGCUCGUUGACAACUAUUCAAAACCGUGGUUCCAUAACGUUUCUGCAAUGGAAUGGCUUUCUUACAGAUUGAAUUUACUAUCCAAUUUUGUCUUUGCCUUCUCACUGGUUUUGCUCGUAGUCCUCCCAGAAGGAAUCAUCAAUCCAAGCAUUGCAGGGUUGGCAGUAACUUAUGGGAUCAACUUGAAUGUCCUACAGGCUUCAGUCAUAUGGAACAUAUGUAAUGCAGAAAAUAAGAUGAUAUCUGUUGAAAGAAUCAUUCAAUACUCAAAUAUCAACAGUGAAGCAGCUCUUGUGAUUGAAGAUUCUAGGCCAUCAAACAACUGGCCUGAAACUGGAACAAUAUGUUUCAAAAACUUGCAGAUACGUUAUGCUGAACAUCUACCAUCUGUUUUGAAAAACAUCGAUUGCACAUUCCCUGGAAGGAAGAAGAUUGGUGUUGUGGGACGAACUGGGAGUGGAAAAUCAACCUUAAUACAAGCCAUUUUCAGGAUUGUUGAACCUUGGGAAGGAAGCAUUAUAAUUGAUGAUUUGGAUAUAUGCAAGAUUGGUCUACAUGACUUAAGGUUGAGGCUUAGCAUCAUUCCACAGGAUCCCACAAUGUUUGAAGGCACAGUUAGAGGAAACUUGGACCCACUUGAGCAAUACUCUGACAAAGAAGUGUGGGAGGCUUUGGAUAAAUGUCAGCUUGGUCAGCUGGUGAGAUCAAAGCAAGAGAAAUUGCAGGCGUCAGUGGUUGAAAAUGGAGAGAACUGGAGCGCAGGCCAAAGGCAACUAUUUUGCCUUGGAAGAGCCUUACUGAAGAAGAGUAGUGUACUUGUGCUUGAUGAAGCAACUGCAUCAGUUGAUUCUGCAACUGAUGGAGUGAUACAGAAGAUCAUCAGUCAAGAAUUCAAAGACAGAACUGUUGUCACAAUAGCCCAUAGAAUUCAUACUGUUAUUGACAGUGAUUUGGUUUUGGUCCUGAGUGAUGGGAAAAUUGCAGAGUUCGAUGCACCGUCGAAGUUACUUGAAAGAGAAGAUUCCUUCUUCUCUAAACUCAUAAGGGAGUACUCAAGAAGAUCUCAGAGUUUCAACAGCUUGGCCACUCAAAAUGGCCAAUAAAUAAAAUAAGUUGAAGAGUUCAAGGAAUCAAUCUAUUGGGGUUUCAGCUUACUAGUACUUCUGUGAUCAUAAAGGCCACAAAUAGUCACAUAAAAUAAAGCCAGUAAUUAGUAGAGCUUUGAUAAUGGUCCAAAGUGAAAAAGGAAAUUCUGAAGCAGCAACAUAUAGCUUCAUUCUCUAUCUGCUAUAGUUAUUGGGGGCUAAUGUAUUGGGGAAUAUCACAGAAGUGCUAAACCUUCACAUAUUCUUGUGUUGUACUUUUGAUAUCUAUGCAGUUUAGGUUAGAUGACUUGAGGUUGGUGGGUGUUAUGUAGAAGCAAUUCAGUUAUGAAGCUUAUUGGAGAAGCUAUUGGGAAUCUGUAAGUCAUUAAUAAGUUGGAGCUUUUGCAUCAAUGGCAAUCGCAAAUAUUGUGAGUUCCAUAGAGAUAAAUCUCAUGUUGAUUUAUCUCUGUAAGCAAUUCAGUUAUCUCUCAUUACACAUAA